AUGUCACAGCCCUCCCUCCCCUUGUGUCAGCGCGGGGGGACGCGGGGACACAGCAGCCCGGGGGGGCGAGGGGCGGCCCCGGCGGCGGGGGGAGAGCUCGGCCCCGGGUGCCCCAGGGCCGCCUGGAGCCGGAGGCUUCCCCGCGGCUCCUGCCGAGCGCGGAGCAUCCUUCCCCCGGCAGCCGGGCUGGCACCGGCACCGGCAUCACCACCGGCACCGGCACCGGCACCGGCAUCACCAUCGGCACCGGCACCGCACCGGCAUCACCCCCGGCACCCGAAUCAGCAUCAACAGCGGCACCGGCAUCGCCCUCGGCACCGACAUCCCCAUCGCCCCCGGCACCGGCAGCAGCAUCAGCACCGGCAGCGGCAGCAUCACCUUCGGUGUCACCGUCACCCCCGGCCUCGGCACCGGCACCGGGAUCGCCGCUGGCACCAGCUGUGGCCACCCCUCCUGUGCGCACAGCACCUGCGCCCAAGGACCUUGGCUCGUCCUCCCGGCCCUGAUUCCCAGCAGGAAUUCCCAGUGACUCCCAGCAGGAAUUCCCAGUGACUCCCAGCAGGAAUUCCCA